GAACAUAUGAACCAAACACAAAAACAAAGACAAAAACCUCUUCUUCUCUUUUCUUUCACUCUCCAAAACGGAGGACGAAAUAUUUUAAAUUUCUUGUUUUCACUUGGCUGAUCAUCUCUAUUCCAAUCUUUCUCUUUUCUUCUUUUUUUUAUAAUUACUGUGUUGGUGUGAAGUGGGAAGACGCAAAUUACUGAUUUAUGCUGUUUGAGAUCUGAGACCGACGGCUAUGGCUAGUUGGGUUUCUGUGUAAAAGAUUGAAUUUUUGUUCGAAAGCUGAGAUGGGGUUGUGUUGAUUUGGUUUCUAAUAUAUUCUUGAGCACAUGGGAUUUGGAAUUUGUGAAUUGAAAAAGAUUGGGUUUUUCUUUAUUUUGUGUGAUUUAGGGUGUUGAAGUUAAGAACCUCGGGUGGUGCUUUGUGAUGAAAACAGGAUUUGGUAUGGGGAGUGUUGGGUGGAAUAAUGAGGAUAAGGCCAUGGCGGCGGCGGUUUUGGGGACUAAGGCUUUUGAUUACUUGAUGUCAAGCUCGGUUUUAGCUGAAUGCUCAUUAAUGGCGAUGGGGAAUGAUGAGAAUUUGCAGAACAAGCUGUCAGAUCUUGUGGAGCUCCCAAAUUCCGCCAAUUUUUGUUGGAAUUAUGCGAUUUUUUGGCAGCUCUCGAGGUCCAAGACCGGAGAGUUGGUUCUUGGGUGGGGGGAUGGGUGUUGUCGGGAGCCUCAUGAAGAUGAGGAUUCUGAUGUUACUCAAAUUCUCAAAAUCAGACUUGAAGACGACGCCCACCAAAGAAUGAGGAAAAGGGUUCUCCAGAAGUUGCAUAUCUUGUUUGGGGGAACUGAGGAGGAUAGUUAUGCCUUUGGAUUGGAUAAGGUUACUGAUGUGGAAAUGUUCUUCUUGGCAUCUAUGUAUUUUUCUUUCCCCAGAGGAGAAGGGGGCCCUGGGAGGUGUUUUGGAUCUGGAAAGCAUGUCUGGUUAUCGGAUGCAUUGAAGUCUUCUAUUCAUUAUUGUGUUCGGUCAUUCCUUGCAAAGUCGGCUGGCAUGCAAACUAUUGUUUUGAUUCCAACUGAUGUUGGUGUCGUGGAAUUGGGCUCAGUCAGAUGUAUUCCUGAAAGUUUGGAGCUUGUGGAGGUGGUUAGGUCUUCCUUUUCGUCGUUAUCGCCGCUUUUCAAGGCUAAGAAAGCUGCGGCUGUGGCGGCGGUAACCGACAAAAAAGAUGGCGACAGCCCAAUUUCUAGUUUAGUAAUUGGUAACCAUGCAGAAGUAGUUCCCAAGAUCUUCGGGCAGGAUUUGUAUUCUGGUCGUAUGCAGUUGAAGGAAAAGUUUGCUCCUGGGAAAGCAGAUGACCGUACAUUGGAUGCAGGUGCAAAUGCGAAGAGGGUGCCAGUCACAACUACUACUCGUAAUGGUUUUCACAACACAGCCUGGAUGCAAUACAGUAGUAUGAAGCCUGGAAACCAAGUGGAGAUUUAUACUACUCAGACUUCAGCAAAAAAUGUUCACGGGCUUGGUAAUGGGGCAAGGGAAGAGUAUAGGGGCAACAAUCUUCAGCAUCAGAAGCCACCUCAAAUGCAGAUUGAUUUUACUGGAGCAACCUCAAGACCCGUUAUUUCCAGGCCACGCAGUGCCGAGUCUGAGCACUCAGAUGUCGAGGUUUCUUGCAAGGAAGUUUGCACAGGGCCACCGGAAGACAAGAGGCCUAGAAAACGUGGUCGGAAGCCUGCCAAUGGAAGAGAAGAACCCCUCAAUCAUGUAGAGGCAGAGAGGCAGCGGCGAGAAAAGCUGAAUCAGCGGUUUUAUGCACUGCGAGCGGUUGUGCCUACUAUUUCCAAGAUGGACAAAGCGUCCCUCUUGGGAGACGCUAUUGCUUAUGUAACCGAACUUCAGAAGAAGCUCAAGGACAUGGAGUGUGAGAGGGAAAGGCAAUCAAGAGAACCAUUGGCCUCGGAAGCUAAGCCAAAUACGGAAACUCAGGUGUGCAGUCCAACUGUUGAUAUCCAAACUGGCCGUAAUGAACUCACUUUGAGGGUGAGCUGCCCAUUGGAGACUCACCCGGCAUCAAGGGUCAUCCGAGCAAUCAAGGAUGCACAGGCAACUAUCAUCGAAGCAAAAUUUGUUACAGGGAGCGAAAAAGUGUUCCACACAUUUGUUGUCAAAUCUCAAGGAUCGGAACACCUAACUAAGGAUAAGUUGAUUGAAGCUUUGUCCCAUGAGUCUAGCUUGUCGCAGCAGUCGUCUGUCGGUUAACAAAGUAUAGGCAGGCAUCAUAAGCAGUGAACCAGUGUGGAAAGCUUUUGUUGAGGUUUUGAUAUAUAUAGAGGGAGAGAGCAGUUAAUGCAGGGCUAGAAACAGAAAGAAACUGUUUAUUGACCAUGUAGGAGAUCAACUAUCUGCUUGUUUAUAGUAUACAUAUAUAUUUUUGCCA